AUGGUGUCAAACGAGUUCAAUCCCGGCCAAGUCUUCACCGGCUACGUGGACCCUAAUCACUUGCGCCCAGAGAUUCUCUUGAUGGCCACCGAGAUACUCAAUCUCAACCUGAACACCCUUCAGUCCAUCAUCCCCGUCUCCGGAAAGGACUUCUUCACCUUUGGCCAUGAUGGCCGCGCUUUCAUGGCCUUUUCCAUCUCGCGCAUUCUCAUGAAGCCAGUCAUAUGGGCAAAGGAUGGCAUGGGUACCAACUCCGACAGGUGGUUCCUUGGCCCCAUCAGCAACUUCGUCUCUGGCCCCCACAUGAUCGCCUCCAUCAAUGGCACUGCCGUCGUCGUUCCACGACCAUCCCAUCAGUCCCUUGGUAACACCGCUGCUUCUGGAUCCGGUGCUCGUUAUUCUGAGAGCCCAGAGCCUGUGUGCAAGAUCAAAGUUCCUCGACCUCCCAACGCCUAUAUCCUCUACCGCAAAGACCAUCACGCCAGAGUCAAACAGACGAACACCCAACUGAGCAACAAUGAGAUAUCUAAAAUUCUCGGCAAAGCCUGGAAUCACGAGUCGCCUGCUGUCCGCCAGAGAUACACCGAGCUUGCGAAGAUGCAUAAGGAACGCCUCCUGAUGCUAUACCCCGACUACCGCUACACCCCACGUAAGCCUUCGGAGAAGCGUCGUCGAAGGCCCACGGAAAAGGCCAAGAAGCUUUGCAGAGCCGAGCCAGCAGUGUCGCCCGUGCCCCAAGUGUGA